AUGGUAAUAAUAAAAAAUAAUUUGCUAUUCUUGAUUUUGAUAUUUGGAUAUUUUCUUGCGUCUACUGUGGUAUUAAUAAAUGCAAAUGAAGAACCAGAACAACAAGUUCAGAGUCAACAAGAAGUCGCUGUUGAUGGAUUUUUCAGUCGUGGUGGGCAUACAAAUAAUUGGGCAGUUUUGGUAUGUACAUCUCGAUUCUGGUUCAAUUAUCGACACAUGGCCAACACUCUAUCGAUAUAUCGCACGGUAAAACGUCUCGGCAUUCCCGAUUCUAAUAUUAUCCUGAUGUUGGCAGAUGAUGUGGCGUGUAACCCACGAAACGUAUUUCCCGCCACGGUAUUCAAUAAUGCAGGGCGGUACUUAGAUUUAUAUGGAGAUAAUGUGGAGGUUGACUAUCGUGGCUAUGAAGUCACCGUGGAGAAUUUUAUUCGUCGCAUAUCUCCUGAUACACCUCGUUCAAAACGGUUACUAUCUGAUGACCGAUCAAAUAUCUUGGUGUACAUGACUGGACAUGGUGGUAAUGAGUUCUUAAAAUUCCAGGAUGCUGAAGAGAUUAGUAGCUUUGAUUUGGCUGAUGCAUUCGAACAAAUGUGGGAGAAGAGAAGAUACAAUGAGAUAUUAUUCAUGGUUGACACCUGUCAAGCCAACACAAUGUACAGUCAAAUCUACUCACCGAAUAUAUUGGCCACUGGAAGCAGCGAACUCGGUGAAAAUUCGUAUUCGCAUCACAUGGACAUCGAUAUCGGAGUAGCAGUAAUUGACCGAUUCACUUACUACAAUCUCGAAUUUUUGGAGAAAAUCGAUAUGCAAAGUAAAUCCACGCUUAAGGAUUUAUUUGAGUCGUAUGAUCCGGGUUUGAUUCAUUCUACGCCGGGUGUUAGAAGUGAUUUGUUCCGACGUCCUUUGGAUAAGGUUUUGGUGACUGAUUUCUUUGGUAGUGUACAAAAUGUAGAACUCACCGAACAAAAAUAUAAUCUGUCGUUUACGGCUGCUACUACCUCAACUUAUCAACAAGAUACGUUGAAUUCGUCAUCAUCGAGUCAGGUGACUAACAUUACUAUUGAUUGA